UCGGUCAGAUAUUUUGUUGGAAACUGAAAAGAACAAAAUGCCCAGCACCCCGACAAGGAUCUGAAGGGCUUAGAUCCUUCACAUCCUUUUAAAAAUCGCUUGCCGCCAAGAUGUCAGUACACACUUCGCAUAGCAGACACAACGUCGGUAGCCUGGAGGUUUCUUCUUCACAGAAGAUUUCAGCAUCCAGUGGCCUCGUCCACAGCAGCCGGCUGGAACUGCACUUGAAGGCAGAUAUGUCAGAGUGUGAGAAUCAUGAUCCAUUAGUGAAUGCUGGAAGUAAAACCAUCGACAUAAAUAGCACUUAUGUUAUCUCUGCCUGUAAAAAAACAAGAGAGACUCCUGUUACCUCUGACCCCGGGAGACUGACCCUUCAGAGAAGGGCUACUUGUGGGAACAAAGAAUCGUCUUUACUUGGUAGUGAGUUGGGAGACACCACCAGAAGAACAGCAGACACAAGUCUGAGGUUACAACGGCGGCACGAUAGAGCGGAUUAUGUGGGAAAGUGGGAGACACUGGACCCUGUGGGAGGUAACCCAGGAAGUAACUCUACCUCGCAGGCAGCGAGGACAGAAGCAGCAAAGCGUGUAAAUAAUGAUACCCGUGUCCUGUCGUCUGCAGUCUCCGUGAAAGACUCCAACGACACCGGGUUGACGAGAUGCAAAGACCCAUGUCCUACCUCUAAUGAAAAGGUGACAGUUAGGGACACAAACAGUAGAGCGCCUGUGGGUUCCCAGUGUCAGACUGAAGCUAUGAGAUCAGGACACUUAGUGGUGCAACAGACCGAGAGCAAGUCUGAUACCCCAGUGUCGGGAGGAAGACACUCACACCGUGGAAAUGCUGGCAAGGACACUGCUAAACAAGUCGGUACAUUUGGGAGCUCAGAUACAAGAACCCCAGUGAAAUGUGUUUUAGAACACAGAUGGACACCAAGGCAUGACCCGCCUCCACCAAAAAGCCCAGCUUUAUCCACACCGAAAAACAAUGGGAAGGACAUCCCGAAACAUGGCAGUACAUUCAGAAGUGCAAGCUCAGAAUCGAGGACCCCGGUAAAAUGUGUCCCAGAACACAGAUGGACACCAAGGCAUGACCUGCCUCCACCAAAAAGCCCAGCUUUAUCAACACUGAAAAACAGGAUUGCAAGCCCUCGAGUUAAACCAAGGCCCAAAAGUUCUCUUCUUGCAAAUAAAAGGGAAAGCGCACAAGAAAGCACGCUCCCUCCAGAAGACAAAAGUAUAGUUCAGAAGACCUUUACAGAACCAGACUCCUUAAAAGUCGAGAACAGUCAGGUGACCGUGGCGGUGCGCGUGAGGCCUUUCAGCAAAAGAGAGAAGACUGAGAAAGCAUCCCAGGUUGUCUUCACCAAUGGGGAAGAAAUAACUGUGGAACAUCCCGAUAUGAAACAAGUUUACUCUUUUAUUUACGAUGUUUCCUUUUGGUCUUUUGAUGAAUGUCACCCUGGCUAUGCCAGCCAGACAACUGUAUAUGAGACACUGGCUGCACCACUCCUGGACAGAGCUUUUGAAGGCUAUAACACCUGUCUCUUUGCUUAUGGCCAGACUGGCUCUGGAAAGUCCUAUACGAUGAUGGGGCUUAAUGAAGAACCAGGAAUAAUUCCCAGAUUCUGUGAAGAUCUCUUUGCUCAAAUAGCCAAAAAACAAACCUCAGAGGUCAGCUACCAUCUUGAAAUGAGCUUCUUUGAAGUUUAUAAUGAAAAAAUUCAUGAUCUUCUGGUUUGUAAAGGUGAAAAUGGGCAGAGGAAACAACCACUGCGCGUGAGGGAGCACCCUGUUUCUGGACCGUAUGUUGAAGGUCUGUCAAUGAAUGUUGUGAGUUCUUACUCUGAUAUUCAGAGCUGGCUGGAACUGGGAAAUAAACAGAGAGCCACGGCGGCCACCGGCAUGAACGAUAAAAGCUCCCGGUCUCAUUCUGUGUUCACCCUGGUGAUGACGCAGACCAAGACAGAGGUGGUGGAGGGGGAGGAACAUGACCACAGGAUCACGAGCCGCAUCAACCUCAUCGACCUGGCCGGCAGUGAGCGCUGCUCCACCGCCCACUCGAGUGGGGAGCGACUGAAGGAAGGUGUGAGCAUUAACAAGUCCUUGCUGACUUUGGGGAAGGUCAUAUCUGCACUCUCCGAGCAAGCAAACGGAAAGAGGGUUUUUAUUCCAUAUCGGGAAUCCACUCUUACAUGGCUAUUAAAAGAAAGCCUGGGUGGAAAUUCAAAAACAGCCAUGAUUGCUACUGUCAGUCCUGCUGCCAGCAACAUAGAGGAAACGCUGAGCACACUCAGAUAUGCCACCCAAGCCCGCCUGAUAGUCAAUAUCGCCAAAGUCAACGAGGACAUGAAUGCAAAGUUGAUCAGAGAGUUGAAAGCAGAAAUUGAAAAGUUAAAAGCUGCCCAGAGAAGCAGUCGGAACAUUGACCCUGAACGGUACCGACUCUGUCGGCAAGAGAUAACGUCCUUAAGGAUGAAGCUGCAUCAGCAGGAGAGAGACAUGGCAGAGAUUCAGAGAGUAUGGAAGGAAAAGUUUGAACAGGCUGAAAAAAGAAAACUUCAAGAGACAAAGGAGUUACAGAAAGCGGGAGUUACAUUUCAAAUGGACAACCACUUGCCAAACCUUGUCAAUCUCAAUGAAGACCCACAGCUGUCGGAGAUGCUGCUCUACAUGGUAAAGGAGGGAGUAACCACAGUUGGAAAGCACACACCAAGCUCAAGCCACGAUAUCCAGUUGUCUGGAGUGCUGAUUGCCGAUGAUCACUGUACUAUCAGAAAUUUUGGAGGAACAGUGAGUAUUGUCCCAGCUGGAGAAGCAAAGACAUACGUAAACGGGACGCACAUCUCAGAGCCCACAGUGUUACAUCAUGGUGAUCGGGUGGUUCUUGGUGGAGAUCAUUAUUUUAGAUUUAAUCAUCCAGUUGAAGUCCAGAAAGGAAAAAAACUGUCAAGUAGAAAUAAUCUCACAACAAGCGAAGGCCCAAAAGAUUUUGAGUUUGCCAAAAAUGAGUUACUUACAGCACAGAGUUCUCGGCUUGAGGCAGAAAUUAAAGAUGCGCAGCUGAAGGCGAAGGAAGAAAUGAUGCAAGGAAUUCAAAUCGCAAAGGAGAUGGCCCAGCAAGAACUUUCUUCCCAAAAAGCUGCGUAUGAGCGCAAAAUCCAGGCCCUAGAGGCGGAGCUGAGGGAAGAGUCUCAAAGGAAGAGAUUGGAGGAAUUAAAUAACCAAAAAGCUAGUCACAAGAUUGAGGAAUUGGAAAGGGCGAAGCAGCAUCUUGAACAGGAAGUAUAUGUGAACAAAAGGCGACUGGAGAUGGAGACCCUGGCCACAAAGCAGGCCUUAGAAGACCAUAGAAUCCGACAUGCGAGGAUCUUAGAAGCUUUAGAAAUUGAAAAGCAAAAGAUCGCUGAAGAAGUACAGAUGCUUCAGGAGAAUCGGGGAAACAGGGAUAAAACUUUCACCAUUCAGCCAAACUGGAACUCCAUGAAACUCUCCACGAUGAUUCAGGAAGCCAAUGCCAUCAGUGACAAAUUUAAAAAGUGCUAUAUUUUUGGCAGACAUGAUGCAUCAGACAAAAGCCGUUCUGAUACCUCUGUUCGAGUUCGUAACCUCCAGCUUGGGAUCUCAACUUUCUGGAGCCUGGAAAAGUUUGAAUCUAAACUUGCAGCAAUGAAAGAGCUUUAUGAGAGUGACGGUGGUAACAGGGGUGAGGAUGUCUUCUGUGACCCUGCAGAUGAGUGGGAGCCCGACAUUACAAGCACACCAGUUUCUUCCCUUUCCAGAAGGAGGAGCAGAAGUUUGAUGAAGAACAGGAGAGUCUCUGGCUGUCUGCAUGACAUCCAUCCAAUUCAGAGUAUGCAGUCCUCACACUCAUCUGGAUUAAUGGAAAAACCAAGCACCAUUUACUCAAAUUCAUCAGAGUCCUUUCUUCCUGGGAUUUGCAAAGAAUUGAUUGGCUCAUCAAUAGAUUUCCUCGGACAGAGUUUCCAUGAAGAGAAAACUAUAGCAGAUAGCCUGAUAAAUAAUCUCCUUAGGCUUCAUAGUGGGGUGAUUGCCAUCUCCAAAGCCCAUGAAGAGCAGGAUGAAGAAAGUCAAGAUAAUCUGUUCUCUGACCGGGCGGCACAGGCUCUUACCAUCCAGGUUGCUUGUGCCUUUGGGCAGCUUGUGGUUUUGUUCAAACACUGGCUGGGUGAUUUUCUACCUUGUACUGGCUCAGCGAGGCUUGAAGAUGAAUUGAGACAAGAUAUUAAAAAACUCGGAGGCUAUUUGCAAUUGUUUUUGCAGGGAUGCUGUUCGGAUAUUUCAUCGAUGGUAAAAGAGGCUCAAAACAAAGUCAUGGAGAUUAUGCAGCAGGCUGUUCAGUGUGUGGGUCAGCUAGCCGUUCUGAAAGGGAGCAAGCUCUGUGUUCUGGAAAACAGCAACAAAGUCUCCAGUGCCCAGGAGUUUUUGGCUGCUCUCCAGGAUGGUGUGACCUCGGGGAUGAAGAGUCUCUUAGACUCUGGGCUGGAGACCGCACAGGACCUCAGGCAGGACCUCUCCAGGCAGAGUGCACAAGAGGAGGUCACUAAGCAGAUGAAAGCCAGUACUGUGGAGUGGGUCGGGUCUCUGGAAAAUGCCGUCGCUGAAUGGAGGACGAAAAGCUUCAGAACUCAAGUACAAGAAGGUUCUAGACAACAAAUUUCCAAGCUGUUAAGCCUUGCGUCAGAAUUCUUGAAGCUGAAGUCGUGCUUGCAACAAACCGUUGAGAUGAUUGUAUCUGCGCUGAGAGGGUGCCCCAGUGACUUGCACUGUCUCAGAAGCUGCAUCAAGACUAUCUGCAGCCUGACUCGCAAGCUUCACAGUGACUUCAGCGCACUCUCUGCCUCUGCUGGCAGCAGCGGAAAUGAACUGCCUCGUGCUGACUGUGAGGAACUAGAGUCUCUAGCUAAGUCACUCCUCCUAUGUUUUGAAUGUGGAGAAAGCCCUGGUUUGUCGAAACCCUGGGAGUCUUGUUCUUCGAAUAGCAAGGAAGAGCAGUGCAAGUCAGACAGGGCUGACUGCGGGAAAAGCGAGCCAAGACACGUCUGUGAACCCCACGGAGACGCAACCCCAGCAGUGUCCUCUGGGGACUGCACCCACAAUAGGAUUCAGUGGGUGUGAAACCAUUGUGCAGGCACUUGGUGACCGUCCAUGACCAAAAAGGACACUUGGUGUCACUUUUCCUCGUGCAGGAGAACAUAAAAAGAGAGGAGUGUAAAUAUUCCAAGUCCGUGCCUGUGUGUGGCCUCUCACUGGGUGUAGAAAGAGCUAACAGUGCGGAGUUCUGGCUUCAGAAUGCCUCUGUGUGUGCUCAGAAUUCUAUAAGCAGAUGAGUUUUAAACAAAGAAUAUUGUUUAAAAAUGUUGAAAUAUUGGCAUCAGAAUGAAAUUAAGGUAUCAGGACCAAGUGAGUGACUGUGGCCCUAGUUUCUCAUCUUAAUUUUUUUUUAUUGGUUAUUUUAUUUAUUUGCAUUUCAAAUGUUAUCCCCCUUCCCAAUUUCCCCUCCACAAGCCUCCUAACCCCUCCCCCUCCCCCCUGCUUCUAUGAGGGUGGUCCCCCACCCACCCACCCACUCCCACCUCACCACCCUGGUGCUGUCUAGCUGGUUCAUUGGUCUGUUUGUAGAUAGUUAUUUUCUCCUGAAUGGAAAUCUAAACAGUUUGUUACUUUGGGCCUGUGCAUUCUCUCCCCCAAAUAUAGCAUAUGGAUUAAGUUUAUGUGAAAUUAUCAGCACAGGUUUAACCAAGGUAGCUGACUAAAACUACAGCUCUUUGUCCAAGGAUCAACUGUUUGCCAUCUUCAAUAAUAUAUAUGUGUGAUUUGUUUCUUUUCAAACUGUACAUAAAAAGAUAAUAUAAUUGCAUAUUAAUAAUAUGACCAGAUAGCAUCAUAGCUUACUGUGUUUUCUGUGUUCCACAGUGGUUGCUUCAUUUAUAAAAUUUAAAAGUAGUAGUGAAGUGUAACCAGAACCACUUGGGAGGUCAGAGGCUGGCCCCCUUUUGAUAGUGCUUGUUUUGCUAAAGGGUAUUUAGUUUACAUGUUGUUUGAUGGAGAUUAAAGAUCCUUUUUAUAUUUCAUAGCCUUAAAAACCCUUCAUCUACAAUCAAGUACUAAAGAUAAUAUCCUACUUUAGGGUUUAAUUAAGGAAAUAGUUUAUUUUUUACCUCAAGAAUAUGCGUAAUUUGAAAGAUAUUUAGUAUCUUAGCCUGGGUGACCUGAGCAGGUUCUGUAAGGGACUUCUUGUGAGUGGCCUGCUUUUGGCUGUAGCUGCUGCCUGUACAUUCAGUGGAGCUUGGUGAAGCUGGCUUGAAGAUACCUGUUGUUUUCUCUAUGGGGAGAGAUAGGAGAGCAGCGCUCCCUCCAGUGGUUGGCUGAGCCGUGGUGGUCCAUCCCUUGUGCCUCCAGGAGCUUUGAAGAGUGCCCCAUCUUGUCAGAUGUGUGGCAGCAGAGUCACCAGGCCAUUCUGAGUGCCCGUCCUGUCAGACAGAGAGGAUUGGUUUCCUUUUCCCUCUUUGGCCACUGGGUUUCCUCCUGCGGUCCACUCUGUACCGGUCAUUGCUCUGGAAGUAACACUUCUGUUACCGAGUUCCUACGCUGUGAAGUACGAGGAAGGGUUCUUCCUGAGCGCUGUACUUCCUUGAACUUACUCAAGUACCAAAAUGGCAGUUUUCACCUUGCUGUGCAAUAAUUAAUCUUUAGUUUCUCCAUCUCUUCUCCCCCUUGUUUUGUUUUUUUGUUUGUUUGUUUGUUUGUUUUCCCUUGCUUUUAGACUUGAUCCAGCUGAGCAGUGCAGUGUGGCCUUGCCCUGUCACCUUGCUGCCUUUGCCUCCUGAAUGCUGGGGUUACAGUCCCCCAAACCCAAGCCCAAACCCAGCUAGUGUCUAUCUUUCAAACUCAUGUAUGUCCUCAAAAAUAUUGUGGGUAUGCUUGUAAGCUUAUUUAUAUUUAUGCUAAAUAAUCUGUUGUACUGUGUUCGAGUGGGUGGUGCAAAAGGCGUUGCUGUCAGAAUCAUGUGCAUUGAAAAGUGUUGUAAAGGAAGUGCCUUUAAUAAAUCUCAUGAGCUUCAGAACUGCCUCCUAAUCCAGGACCUUUCUUAUUGAAUUAUUUUAAUUCACUUCACUAGUGAUUUAAAAAAUGUCACCGUGGCUCUGCCUGUCUACUACAUAUCAAUUAAAUAGAAAACACUAGAUUCAUGCUAGAAAUCAUUGUGGCCGCUGUGUCGCUUUUCUUGCUUGUUCCCUUUUAGAGGUGGGGACCGAAUCCAGGUGCUGUCACUAAGCUACCACAUAGCCCCUCCUUUCUCCCUCCUGAACAAUGUCCCACCCUCUGGGUUGGCUGAACAUGGAACAGCCUUAUUUCCCAGUUCUCUGCUUGGAAGCUGGGCAUGCGUUUUACGCACUGAACACUGUACUGCAGGCUGGCGAGUAACUACACCACCUUAAACGAGGCACUAGCUGCUUCCUUCCUGGUUCCUCAUCUGCAGAAGGAAAAGUCCCAUGAACUAUGUCCGUGGGCACUGGGUGACAGAGAGGAAGGAGGGUGCUUGCCCAGUAGCAGAUGAUAAGCCAAUGGUAGUCUCCCUUCUGUAACGAGCAGCAAAACCUUGUUACAUAAACAACAUGCCUUUAGUCCCAGCACUCAGGAGGCAGAGGCAGGCAGAUCUCUGAGCUCGAGGACAGCCUGGUCUACACAGAGAAACCCUGUCUCAAAUAAGAUCAAACAGAUGCCAAUGUAUGUGUAUUACAGCCCUUGAAGCAUGAUGUGUUUAAUAGUAUAUCUACCAACACUGGUUUCCACAGUAACUGAUAUAAGGAUGAGUGAAUUCCAGUGUUCACAGUCCAUUCACGUCUUUUGGUGUCUAUAUUACAGUUGUCCAAUCUGCUCAGCAAUGUACUGUGAUGGUUAGUUUUAAUCGUCGGGUUGGCACAUCUAGAGUCACCUGGGAAGAGAGUCUCACUGAGGGAUUGUCUGUGUCAGGCUGGCCUGUGGGCACCUCUGUGUGGUGUUGGCUUGACUCCAUUUGUCGAAGUGCUAUUGCCUGGGCAGAGGUCUCUGAAUUGUAUAGGAUGGAGAAAGUGAGUGGAGAACUACCAUGCUUGCAUUAAUUCAUUGUUCUCUGCUCUUGACUGGGAAUAAACAAAUAGCUGCUUCCAGGUCCUGCAGCCUUGUCUUAUCUGUGAUGAUGGACUGUACCCUUAGCCAAAUAAGUUGUCACCCUGAAGUCGCUUCUGUCCGGGUGUUUUAUCAUAAGAAUAAAAAACUAGGGACAUUAAAAUUUUUCCAAAAUGGCA